UGUCAAAUACUGAGUUCAGUUAGGAGUUAUCAUGGAACCUUGUAGGACGCUGCUUUUGAUAAUACCCAUAUUCCUACAAAGUCAUUUGUCUAUGACUACAAAAAAGAAACCAGUGCUUCGAAACUCGCAAUCUAAUCAAGUCCAUCAUGAACACUAUAUCAUGACAUCAGAGUGUCAUAUUCCAUACAUCAUCAAAUCAGUAAAAAGUAAAAAAAGGAACAUAAAACAUGACAACGUUUGUUCCAACGAUAAUAGUUUAAUAAAACUUCGUUUCGACGACAAAAUCCAGCAAUAUGUGUUAUAUGUAAAUGAUUCUGUGGCCCAGCUGAAACUUGCGUCUAUGGAAAAGAAAUCUCCCAACUUGGUUGGAUACAAUUGCAGUUAUCGUGCGAUAAGAGGUGUAAAUCGCAACUUUACUUUUGAUGCACCUGUUGUCCUCGGUGACGAAGUUCCUUUUUGGAAUGGCUAUACGGUUCCCCGUACCGUGGACGGCAUAAGAGCAUCCUGCCGAAGUGAACUGGCAAAGGAUCUGCAAUCAAAUUCUUUUGCCCUAGUCCAACCUCGUAAAGCAUAUGCACCACUUUUUUCCUGGCACCGCAGACCGAGUGUUAUAAUGAUUGGACUCGAUGGUAUUUCCCAGAUCAACUUUCGCCGCAACUUUCCCAUUGUAUUCAACCAUCUUAAAAUGCAGGGCUGGUUCAAGAUGGAUGGAUACACAGAUAUUGGUGAGAAUACCCAGUCCAAUUUAUUGGCUGUACUGACGGGCUACAGUCCGCACACUUUGAUGAAUCUCAAAUGCAAUGCGAGUGGGAAUGGUUGCCUGAAAACGGUUCCACUUAUAUGGAAGCAUUUUAAGAAGAAGGGUUACAUAACCGCAUAUGGCGGGGGAAUGUCCGAUGUGACAAUCUUCAAUUCGGUAAAGAAUGGGUUUUUUGAAGGUCCCAUUGACUUUAAUGCCCGUCAUAUUCUGGAGCAGAAGAAUGGUGAAAGUUGCAUUGAUCGACGACUUAAUAUCAAGUAUAGCUUUGACUAUUGUAAGGAAUUUUUAAAACGACAUUCUAAUUCAUCCCGACCUGUACUCGGAAUUUUCUUUGCAAACGGAAUGCCGCAUAAAUCCUAUGAUAAUGACAAAAUACAAGCUGAACUGUUGGAUAUAGUCAAGAAAUUCAAGGAAAUGGGUAUUCUUACAAAGUCAAUUGUCGUCCUGUUCAGCUAUCCUGUGUCAUCUGUACAAGAAAAGAAAAGGAACUUUCUUGGGGAAAGUUUACCCAUCCUGUACAUUUGGCUACCAUCCUGGUUUAGAGCAUUGCGUCCUGAAAUAGUUCAAGCCUUGAGGAUCAAUAGUAAACGUCUGACUUCUCCAUACGAUCUUCAUCUCACACUGCAACAUCUCUUGGAACUGGGAGAACGUUGGCCUCAUGCAGUGGACAAACUGGUAGAUUGCCCCACUUGUCAGACCCUUUUUGCUCCAGUUCCCGAGAAUCGAACCUGUUCAGAUGCUGGCAUAGGGGAAUCCAACUGCCCGUGUGAUACCUACAAGUUGCUUAACACCAAUCAAAUAAAGCAUUUGUCUUUGGGAAAGCUACUCGUGCGCAGCAUAAAUCAAUUCCUUUAUCAUCACAACUUGCAGGAGCUGUGCUACAAUCUUACACUUAAAUCAAUCAAAAUGGUGUUGCAACGAAAGGACAGAAAGUUAUCAAGUGGCAGCACCUAUAGAGUAUAUUUCACUGCCACCCCAAACAACCCAGAAUUUUCUACGACUACUCGCUACAAUCACAAUCGUCAAGAACUGGAAUAUAUAAAUGUGGAGUCCAUAAACCGAUUGAAUCACUAUCAAAAUGACUCGAGUUGCAUGCGAAGAUUACGAGGCAGAAAGUUUUGUAUAUGCAAGAGUCGAAUACUGGAGGAAAUUUCAGUUACCGCUAAGGGAAAUGUGAAAAACCAGAAGAAAAGUAAACGAGACUUUAAAAAAGAAGUCCCGAAUAAAAAUAAAGUAGAUAUUAGUUUAUAUGACUUACCAGAGAUGCGAGAAAGCGACCAAAACAUUGAAAUUAUCUCGGUGUAAAUGGGCGGUGUUGGGCCUGAAAUAAAUUUAAACACUCAAUUUUUUAACAAGUUCAGGAACAAUAAUCUUUGUGACUGACAUAGCCAUCGGCUAAACCGAAGAUCUGAAUCUUAGGCUCAUUCUUUCUGGUUAUAGUCCAAGUAAUUUGAACAACAUAAGAUGACUCCUUAUAAGAACGAGGGUUAUUUCCAUUUAACCUUUUCAGUUAAACCUUGCUAAGCAAUCUUAGAUAGUACAUGCAUAAGCAAUCAACCCCAUAAUUUACAGAUUGCAAACGAUUAUUACGAUUUUGCUAUAAAUUUCUUGGAGCAUUAUCUUAACAACUCCCAGCCACCAACCACACCAGUCAUAUAUACAUUGUCCAAACAAAGAAAAUGUCACGAAAAUACAACAGGAGAGCUAAUCAAAAUAGAUAUCAGGGUAAAUACUUUUUAACUAUGUAAUGCAAUCAUUUAUAAAAUCUACAAACACCUGAGGAAAAAGAAUCUCGAGCACAAUUGAAUUCAGCCUGCAUUUUUGAUGCAAAACUUUCCACAUUUCAAUAAAAUAAUUUGCAGUAGAUAAGAUU